UAGUAUUCCGCUGACAGCUUCCUUUAUUAAAUGAAUGUGUUGUCACUAUAGUCAGAGGGUGGUGCAAGGAGCUGGCAGAUUCUCUGUUCAUUCUGUGCUACAUUCUACACAGCAGCUUCUGCUGGCAAAAGCAGACUGUAUUCAGAGAUGCUGGAAUCCAUAUGUUCGUUGCCUGCGCCUACAAGAGUCUGCAGCUAGCAGGGACAAUGCUAAAUGUCAGUUGACCAGGCUAAUCAACUAUAUAGGCGACCUGCCAAGCCAUAAAAGAUGGAUUUCCUUGCAGAUCUGGAAGAAGACAUAAAUCUUCAAGACAACAAUUCCCAUCUAUAUCACAACUUUUCUUCUUUUGACCCCAGCAGCAAUGUCACUUAUGCUAAUGUGAUAAUGCCAACUGUAUUUGGAAUCAUUUGUUUGUUGGGGAUAAUUGGCAACAGUGUCGUCAUCUACACAGUCUUCAAAAAGUCCAAAUUCCGGUGUAGCAGCAGUGUUCCUGAUAUCUUUAUUAUUAAUCUGUCUGUGGUAGACCUACUUUUUCUUCUUGGAAUGCCCUUCCUAAUCCACCAGCUACUUGGUAAUGGAGUGUGGCACUUUGGUGAAACUAUGUGCACUCUUAUUACAGCGCUGGAUACUAACAGCCAGUUUACUAGCACUUAUAUACUCACUGCCAUGUCUAUUGAUCGCUACCUUGCAACAGUUUAUCCUUUCACAUCAGCAAAGUACCGUAAGCCUCCUAUAGCCAUCAUGGUCAUCUGUAUCCUUUGGGUAUUGUCUCUCUUAAGCAUCACACCAGUAUGGAUGUAUGCUAGACUUAUUUCACUUCCUGGGGGAGUGUUGGGAUGUGGAAUCACACUCCCCAAUCCAGAAAGUGAUAUUUAUUGGUAUACCUUGUAUCAGUUCUUUCUUGCCUUUGCCAUUCCUUUUGCAGUCAUCUCUUUAGCAUAUCGGAGAAUUCUGCUGAAAAUGGCAUCAUCCGAAGCCCUCACAGCCCAAAGGAGUUCCAGGAUACGUACAAAGAAAGUGACUAGAACUGCUAUAGCAAUUUGCUUGGUGUUUUUCAUUUGUUGGGCUCCAUUCUAUGUACUUCAGAUAAUCCAGUUGGUGAUGGACCAACCUACAUUAGCCUUCCACUAUGCUUACUGCGUGGCAAUCAGCAUGGGCUAUGCAAACAGUUGUAUCAACCCUUUUAUCUACAUUAUUUUAUGUGAAACAUUUAGGCGUAGGUUCAUUGUCUCAGUUCGACCAGCAGAGGAUCACCCACAAGGCAGGAUCAGGAUGAAAUUUGGCACCGACCCCCCUUCAGGAAGCGGACAGCCAUUACUUCACCUUGUCCCUGUAUCCUCAGGCAGCUAAUCAUACCGGAUUUAUUUACAAAAUUGACUCCAAUUUUCUUUUUAUUGAAACAAGUUGACAUUUUAAGGAGAAUACUGAUAAGAAUGUACCAAGCUCUGCUACAAAAACCCUAUGACAUGUAUUAAUUAGGGUAAACUCUUGUAGCUUACCAUUUGCACAGUUUGUUUUAAUUGUCUGUGUACUUGUGUUAAUUGAAAACAAUCACCUUCUGCAGACUCAUCUUGCUUGGGUUCAUUUACUGCACACAUUAGGAAUGUAAAAAUGUUUUCACUCAUCACAGACCUGUUUGAAUGCCAUUUUUUUGGGGUGGGGGUUCUUAUCCUGUGUCUCUCAAGUUGUGCGCAUUCUCUAUGUCAAAAUGUAUUUUUGAAGUUGAUUACUUUAUCUUUUGUCACAAUGAUUGAGUCAGUUUAUCAUCUUGAAAAAGAUAGAAAGGACAAAUGUAUGUCUUAUACAAUAAAUAAUUAAUUGCUGAAUAUUGUGUCUAGGUUACAGUCCAAGCCUUAAGCCAUUAGUGAAAUUGAAGACAAUCACAUAUAUUUUUAAUUAGUUUGAUAAUGUGAAGUUUGCCUGCCAGAUUGGCUAAGGAAUGUUAAAUGUAAAAUAUAACCUAAUUGCAAACAGAUACCAAGAUUUCUACUAAAAUUUCUACAAAUUGUUUAUCAAUUUGUACUUGUUGUAUUGAAUGUCCUAUUUGACAUGAUAGACAGGUGCCUUAAGUCACACAUGUAAAAUUUGUGUAGGAUAUUAAGGGAAUUUAAUUUUUUUACUAGUGAACAUGGAAAACAUAAAAAUAAAGGAUUAGUGGGCAUAUCCUUGGUUAGACCGGUCAGUUGAUGUUUGCCAUUUAUAACUUACUGGUCAGUUAAUGUCUGUCAUUUAUAAUUUAGCAAGAAUGUGUGCCACUCAUGAAGCUGCAUGGAAUUUUUAGUUUCCUCUUUAUUACUCAUUGAAUGUAGUGGCCAAACUACAAAGAUAAGCAACCUGCGAUAUAAAUACCAGGUCCUAGCAUAUCUUGACAACUCCCAUAUGCCCUCUUUGUUGAAAAGUAAUGCUCAAACUUGUAUCUUCAUGAAAGCUGAAGGUUUACUGUUGCCUAUCAUUGGUAUAACACAUUGGUUCUCAACUUGGGGGUCGGGACCCCCUCGGGGGUCGAAUGA